AAAAAAAAAAAAGAAAAAAAAAACCCGCGGGAUCCGACCGCCACUUUCAAACCCCCCCCACCGGUCUAGAACCGCGGGAGCUUCCGUCCCCGAGUAGAAUUCAAGGGUGUAAAGAAGAGGAAGGGGAAAAAAAAUUCUUGUACCAGCCCAGGGGUGAAGGAGCCCCCGGCCUGAGACAGAAGGAAGGAGUGGGGGAGGCCAACAGUCUCCUGGCUGCCUCUGUAGACGCUGAGGGGGGAGGAACGCCUUUCUGAGAGGAAGCACACCAUCAUUUAACUCACAUAAAUAUAUGAAUAUAUUUCUGACAUUGGGGUGUUCCAGAAGAUGAUAAAGAAAUGAUAGCAGCUCCAGAAAUACCAACUGAUUUUAAUCUACUACAGGAGUCAGAAACACAUUUUUCUUCUGACACAGAUUUUGAGGACAUUGAAGGAAAAAAUCAGAAGCAAGGCAAAGGCAAAACUUGUAAAAAAGGCAAAAAAGGUCCAGCAGAAAAGAGUAAAAGUGGAAAUGGAGGAGGAAAACCUCCUUCUGGUCCAAACCGAAUGAAUGGUCAUCAUCAACAGAAUGGAGUGGAAAACAUGAUGUUGUUUGAAGUUGUUAAAAUGGGCAAGAGUGCUAUGCAGUCGGUGGUAGAUGACUGGAUAGAAUCAUACAAGCAUGACCGAGAUAUAGCACUUCUUGACCUUAUCAACUUUUUUAUUCAGUGUUCGGGCUGUAAAGGAGUUGUCACAGCAGAGAUGUUUAGACAUAUGCAGAACUCUGAGAUAAUUCGAAAAAUGACUGAAGAAUUUGAUGAGGAUAGUGGAGAUUAUCCACUCACCAUGGCUGGCCCUCAGUGGAAGAAAUUCAAGUCCAGUUUUUGUGAGUUCAUUGGUGUAUUAGUACGGCAAUGUCAAUAUAGUAUCAUAUAUGAUGAGUACAUGAUGGAUACUGUCAUUUCACUUCUUACUGGAUUGUCUGAUUCACAAGUCAGAGCAUUUCGACACACAAGCACCCUGGCAGCUAUGAAGUUGAUGACCGCUUUGGUAAAUGUGGCACUAAAUCUUAGCAUUAAUAUGGAUAAUACACAAAGACAGUAUGAGGCUGAACGGAAUAAAAUGAUUGGAAAACGAGCCAACGAGAGGCUAGAACUCCUGCUGCAAAAGCGUAAAGAGCUUCAGGAAAAUCAAGAUGAAAUAGAAAAUAUGAUGAAUGCAAUAUUUAAAGGAGUGUUUGUACAUAGAUACCGGGAUGCAAUAGCUGAAAUCAGAGCUAUAUGCAUUGAGGAGAUUGGCAUUUGGAUGAAGAUGUAUAGUGAUGCCUUUCUUAAUGACAGCUAUUUAAAAUACGUUGGUUGGACUAUGCAUGAUAAGCAAGGUGAAGUAAGACUCAAAUGUCUUACUGCUCUACAAGGACUUUAUUAUAACAAAGAACUCAAUUCCAAACUGGAACUAUUUACGAGUCGUUUCAAGGAUAGAAUUGUGUCUAUGACUCUUGACAAAGAAUAUGAUGUUGCUGUACAAGCAAUAAAGUUACUCACUCUUGUUUUACAGAGUAGUGAAGAAGUCCUUACUGCAGAAGAUUGUGAAAACGUCUAUCAUCUGGUUUAUUCAGCUCAUCGGCCAGUAGCAGUAGCACCUGGAGAAUUUCUCUACAAAAAGCUCUUCAGCCGUAGAGAUCCAGAAGAAGAUGGAAUAAUGAAAAGAAGGGGAAGACAAGGUCCAAAUGCCAACCUUGUUAAGACUUUGGUUUUUUUCUUCUUGGAAAGUGAGUUACAUGAGCAUGCAGCAUACCUUGUGGAUAGCAUGUGGGACUGUGCUACUGAGCUACUGAAAGACUGGGAAUGUAUGAAUAGUUUGUUGCUAGAAGAUCCACUUAGUGGAGAGGAAGCUCUAAGACAAGAGAGUGCUUUGAUUGAAAUAAUGCUUUGUACUAUUAGACAAGCAGCUGAAUGUCAUCCUCCUGUGGGAAGAGGGACAGGAAAAAGGGUGCUAACAGCAAAGGAGAAGAAGACACAGUUGGAUGACAGAACAAAAAUCACGGAACUUUUUGCUGUGGCCCUCCCACAGUUAUUAGCAAAAUACUCUGUUGAUGCAGAAAAGGUGACCAAUUUGCUGCAGUUACCUCAGUACUUUGAUUUAGAGAUUUAUACCACUGGACGGUUAGAAAAGCAUUUGGAUGCCUUAUUGCGCCAGAUCCGAAAUAUUGUAGAGAAGCACACAGAUACUGAUGUUUUAGAAGCAUGCUCUAAAACUUACCAUGCAUUAUGUAAUGAAGAGUUCACAAUCUUCAACAGAGUAGAUAUUUCAAGAAGUCAGCUGAUAGAUGAAUUGGCAGAUAAAUUUAACCGGCUUCUUGAAGAUUUUCUGCAAGAGGGAGAAGAACCUGAUGAAGAUGACGCAUAUCAGGUAUUAUCAACGUUGAAGAGGAUCACUGCUUUUCAUAAUGCCCAUGAUCUUUCAAAGUGGGAUUUGUUUGCUUGUAAUUACAAACUCUUAAAAACCGGAAUUGAAAAUGGAGAUAUGCCUGAGCAGAUUGUUAUUCAUGCGCUGCAGUGUACUCACUAUGUAAUUCUUUGGCAGCUUGCUAAGAUAACUGAAAGCAGUUCUACAAAGGAGGACUUACUGCGUUUAAAGAAGCAAAUGAGGGUAUUUUGUCAGAUAUGUCAGCAUUACUUGACCAACGUGAAUACUACUGUUAAGGAACAGGCCUUCACUAUUCUGUGUGAUAUUUUGAUGAUCUUCAGUCAUCAGAUUAUGUCUGGAGGGCGUGACAUGUUAGAACCAUUAGUUUAUACUCCUGAUUCUUCAUUGCAGUCUGAGUUGCUCAGCUUUAUUUUGGAUCAUGUCUUCAUUGAACAGGAUGAUGAUAGUAAUAGUGCAGAUGGUCAACAAGAAGAUGAAGCCAGUAAAAUUGAAGCUUUACAUAAGAGGAGAAAUUUACUUGCAGCAUUUUGUAAGCUAAUUGUAUAUACUGUGGUGGAGAUGAAUACAGCUGCAGAUAUCUUCAAGCAGUAUAUGAAGUAUUAUAAUGAUUAUGGCGAUAUCAUCAAAGAAACAAUGAGUAAAACGAGGCAAAUUGACAAAAUUCAGUGUGCUAAGACCCUUAUUCUCAGUUUGCAGCAGCUUUUUAAUGAGAUGAUACAAGAGAAUGGAUAUAAUUUUGAUAGAUCAUCUUCAACAUUUAGUGGCAUAAAAGAACUUGCUCGACGUUUUGCUUUAACUUUUGGACUUGACCAAUUGAAAACAAGAGAAGCCAUUGCCAUGCUACACAAAGAUGGCAUAGAGUUUGCUUUUAAGGAGCCUAAUCCACAAGGGGAGAGCCAUCCACCUUUAAACUUGGCAUUUCUUGAUAUUCUCAGUGAAUUUUCUUCUAAACUGCUCCGACAAGAUAAAAGAACAGUGUAUGUUUAUUUGGAAAAGUUUAUGACCUUCCAGAUGUCACUCCGAAGAGAAGAUGUAUGGCUUCCUCUGAUGUCUUACCGAAAUUCUUUGCUAGCUGGUGGUGAUGAUGAUACCAUGUCAGUCAUUAGUGGAAUGAGCAGUCGGGGGUCAACUGUACGGAGUAAAAAGUCAAAACCAUCUACAGGAAAACGGAAAGUGGUUGAAGGCAUGCAACUUGCACUCCCUGAAGAAAGCAGUAGUAGUGACAGUAUGUGGUUGAGCAGAGAGCAAACACUGCAUACCCCUGUUAUGAUGCAGACACCACAGCUCACCUCCACUAUUAUGAGAGAACCUAAACGAUUACGGCCUGAGGAUAGCUUCAUGAGUGUCUAUCCAAUGCAGACAGAACACUCAAACCAUCAAACUCCUCUUGAUUAUAACACGCAGGUAACAUGGAUGUUAGCUCAAAGACAACAAGAGGAAGCAAGGCAACAGCAGGAGAGAGCAGCAAUGAGCUAUGUUAAACUGCAAACUAAUCUUCAGCAUGCCAUUCGGCGUGGUACAAGCCUAAUGGAAGAUGAUGAAGAGCCAAUUGUUGAAGAUGUUAUGAUGUCCUCAGAAGGAAGGAUUGAGGAUCUUAAUGAGGGAAUGGACUUUGACACCAUGGAUAUAGACUUGCCACCAUCAAAGAAUAGACGAGAGAGAACAGAACUGAAGCCUGAUUUCUUUGAUCCAGCCUCAAUUAUGGAUGAAUCAGUUCUUGGGGUGUCAAUGUUUUAAUACCAGUACACAUUUAAAUCUGUGGUGAAGUCAUUUUCUAAGUGGAAGAGGAAAUUUAUUGACGUGUGGUAGAUACAGUGAAAUUCUGUGCAGAUUUUUCUCUAAGGAGAAUAUAACAUGCUUAUGCUUACCAAGAUGAAGUGCAUUGAGGGCAGUUUUGUUUGCCUGAAAAAAGUAAAGGACAAGUAAACAAUUUGAUGAUAAGCUACAGUUUUUCUUAGAAAGUAAAUAUUUUAUUUAUGCGCUGUUAGUUGGCUUUUAAAUGAAUUAUUUCAUGCUUUUUUAAAAAAUUAUAUAACAAUCUGAAGAAGUAUUUGGUACAGAUAAGAAUCUUCUCACAUUUAUUUACUGGUUGUACUAAAUAAUGAUGACCUCUGCUGGAUUUCUGUUUACAUCCAUGAAACAAAAGUUAAGGAUGGAUUUAUUCCCUGACCCCGAAAUUGUAGGAUAGAAUUGUUUUUAGCAUUCAUAAUUUAAAUGCUUAAAACAUCAAUCAACAAAACUUUGUUUUAAAUGUUGUAAUUGUGGAAAAAAGUUAAACUUAUAAGCAGAACUUUUACAAUUUUUUCAUCUAAAAUGUAUUUUAAGAUAUUUUUAAAAUCCAAGAGCUUCUGUAUACUUUUCAGAAAUACCCAGAUGCAGUGUACUGCCAGAAGGUAUCCAGUCUCAAACAUGCUUAUCCCAUAUCAGCCCUGAAAUUUUGCUUGUCCUUUAAGAUUAAAAUGUAAUGUUGUGAUAUUACUUCCAGUAGUGCCACUGUAUUUUGUCUCCAAAUAAAAGAAGCUUAUUGUAGUAUGUUUACAGAAAAAUUCUAAACAAAAAUUAUACAGCUUAUUAGAGUGUGGGAAUAGGGAUCUAAAUUUUAAAUAAAAUUAUAUAUA